UUUCGUGGACGUCGUCGUCGUCGCCCCGACAUUUUUAUUCUCCCAUCUCGUCAUUUUUCACUUUUAGAGAAACUAACGGAGAUACACGAUGCGUCAAGCAGCUAAUAAUCGACUCAGAAGUUUUGAACGGGAGAUUCAUUUACUCAGAAAGAUGGACGGCGAAACUGCUCUUCUCGAUGAAUAUAAUUCAAAUUUGGCAUCUUCAAGUUCAGCUUCAGAUGUUGGAGAACGUGUCAAUAUGGGAAGAAAUCAUCAUAUGACUACAGCAUUUAAUGAGUCGACAAACGGAUUUCCAUCUUGUUCACGGUACCCCUACGAAAUGACACAAGGAAAUGGCCACGUCACAGUUGUCCAGCCGGGCUCAUCACAACCUGAUCGUCUUGAAACAGCUGUAGAUAUAAACGACGGAGAUACUGAUAUCGAAGAAGAAUUAUCACAUUCUUGUAAACAAGUAAUUGUUCCAUCAAAAUCACAGGUUUUAUUCUACGUGUCCACUUCAACACAUUUACGAUUAAAUCAUCAAGGAUCUGAAUUACAAGUAACUGAUCCAUCAGACUUUCCACUUUUAGAUAUUUGGUCGGAAAAUGUUUGUGAUGAAGCUCCUUUUUGGAUUAUUGAAUCUUACGGUCGACGAGUAGCAGUUGUAACAGACACAGCUCCUCGAUCAAUUCUCUCAUUCUUUAUUCCAUUUCUGCGACCCAGGCGGACUGUACCAACUUUUUCAAUAAUUGAUUGGAAUGGAGAAGUUCUAGGAUAUUAUGCACUUGCAAGCGAUGGAAUAGAAGUUCAAGAUACUCGCCACGAGCCCAUUGCAAAAGCCUUCAACGAGCCUGAUCCAUCUGGAGGAUCCACGUGGCGAGUCGUUUGUGAAAAGAACUCUCAACGACAACUGGCAGUUCUAACAGCUGAUGGACAUUUAUCAUUUUCAUCUGACAUUGCUCUUCCACUUAAACUUCUUCUUAUUUGUACAUUAAGCAGAGCUGUUGUCACUCGAACAUCUCCAUCUUGUUUUCCUUUCUUUCGAUAAGAAAUUACAAUAUUCACUGUUUUGCAACUUUCGUUGUACAAAUUUCAAAAUUUUCCGAAAAUGUCGUUGUUUUUCCUUUUCAACAUCAUCUGAUUCCAUGGAACCUUUGAUUCUGAGAUCGCCUUAUUUGUCUGAUAAUCGAAACUAUCACCAAGAAUCUUUUGUGUAAAAUUGAAUUUGUUCUAAUUGCCAAAUUAUAAAAAGAAAUGUACAAAACUGAUAAAUAAACCGAAAUAAAAAUUUAAUAAAUUAUUUGUCUUCGAA